UUUAUUCCACCCUGUGUCAUAAAUGUCCGGUUUUUUUUAAAGCAUUGGCAGCUUAGCAAUCAUGCCAUCUUUCCAAGCUAAUGCUAAGGAAGUUAGCUUAUUCGCAAUAAUUACCUUGUUGGAUGCUUUUUACUUGUAGAAGAUGGCAUACUACCUCCAAAAAACACAAUUAGCUGCUGGUAUUCUACUUCUCUAAUCCCGUAGAUGACGCACCGUGGAAUUGUGGUGCUGUCCGUAGGAUGCUCGGAUCUAGGUAGUGUUGGAUGAAUAUGAACAAGACGACAGCGAAGAGCAACGCCACGCCGACUGUUGCGGAGGACACCGCUAUGAAGAAGCACCUGAUGACAAUACAGGGCCCAAGGCUUGUUCCUAUCGCCGCAGCGUUUGAGAAGUGCAAAAACAUAGGCCGGCCAGAGAUGACUGAGAUCUAAUGGGACCUGGGAUUCCAUCAUGGAAAUGAUGGCACUGGAUCACCAGCUUUUGUCUGAAUGGAAAUCGACAGAAUGGAUGUGGGGAACCAUCAAAAAAACAUCCAUUUAGAAGUACAUCUCAACUCACAAAGCGGAGUGAAAUUGUCUGAGGUGAGGUUGCAUGUCCAGGCCCUGCUAAAUCGCCACAGCAUGUUGUUUGGAAACUACAAGUGGACAGAGUUUGAUGAAGACUUCCUGCGCACUCAUGUCAAGUCCGUGGCAAUAGUUGAUCUGGAGGAAAUGGCGACACAGCCCCUCGAUUUGACGAGCUGCACAGUUUCCUUUCACAUAUUCACCCUCAGCGAGGAGGGGCCCAGCACGCUCAGUUUGGAGGACGAUGAGGAGCUUUCAGCUGCCAAUCACUGGUUGCUUCCAGCAGCUGACUUCCAUGGGAUUUGGGAGAGUCUGGUGUAUGACAGUGGGGUUAAAACUCAGCUGCUUGAUUAUGUCACAACAACGAUGUACUUCUCAGACAAAAACGUAGACAGCAACCUGAUUUCCUGGAAUCGUGUGGUGCUACUUCACGGACCCCCAGGCACAGGGAAAACAUCCUUGUGCAAAGCUCUGGCCCAGAAACUGUCAAUCAGACUGUCAAGUCGAUACACAUAUGGACAAUUUGUAGAGAUAAACAGCCACAGCUUGUUCUCAAAGUGGUUCUCUGAGAGCGGAAAACUGGUCACCAAGAUGUUUCAGAAGAUCCAGCAGCUUAUUGAUGAUAAAGAAGCUAUUGUGUUUGUUCUUAUUGAUGAGGUAGAGAGUCUGACAGCAGCAAGGAACGCCUCUCAAGCGGGAACCGAACCGUCUGACGCCAUCCGCGUGGUCAACUCUGUCCUCACUCAGCUGGACCAAAUCAAACGACAUUCCAACGUGGUGAUCCUGACUACCUCGAACGUGACAGAAAAGAUCGACUUAGCCUUUGUGGACAGAGCGGACAUCAAGCAGUACAUCGGGCCACCGUCGGAGAAGGGCAUCUACAGCAUCUAUCUCUCCUGUCUGGAGGAGCUCAUGAAGUGUCAGAUCAUCUACCCGCGGCAGCAGCUGUUCACCAUGUUCGAGCUGGAGACCAUGGGCUUUGCAAAGAGCGAGGUGUCGGGACACAGUCUAACACUGAGGGACAUCGCCGUAAAAAGCAAAGGUCUCAGCGGACGAGCUCUGAGAAAAGUACCGUUUCUUGCUCAUGCUCUUUUUGUAAAGGCACCUUCGGUGACUUUGGAAAUGUUUCUAGUGGCCAUGGAUCAAGCGGUAGAUAAACAAAAGGAGGAAAAAGCCAACCUGGUGAAUGGUGUCUAACACAUUUGUUAUCGUCUUUAUGAGUACUUAGGAGAACAAACAUUUGGUUUUUAUCAAGCAUCAUCAGGUAACUUGGUGCGGAAAGUUUACAAAAUGUGUUUGUUUCUUGUUAUAUUUUUUUUUUGUAAAUUUAUCUUUGUAUUGUUGGUGCUAAUUCCCCCCUCGAAACGGCAUUGUUUACAAAGCUUGUUGUUAAGAGUUACUCUAUGAAGCCUUCAUCGUGUGCAGCCUUUUAACUGCAGCUCUGACCACAACUGCUUAAUGACUUUUUUUUUUUUUUUUUUUUUUACAAGGAUAACUUGGAUAUUUUCCUCCUGACAUAAAGUCUGAUUACAUUGUAUAGGCCGUGAAAACAAUGCAAAUUGGCACCACUUAAAUAAUAACAAGGUCAAUUCUAAUUUGUAUACCUUUUUAAAACAUCAAUUUACAGACUAAAUACCAAAAACGACAUUACCUGACAAUUAAAAAUCCAUUUUUCAGUGGUUAAAAAAAGGGACAAUUGUCAUUGUGCAGUAGAUAAUAUUCUCUAUAAUGUAAUAUGAAAUUUAUAUUUAUGCACACAAAGCAUUUCUUUCUUUGAAUGUUGUACAAAACUUUGAAAUAAAUAAUCCUUGUAUUGGCUUACAGAUGGAGUGAACUAUUGUGGCCACCAGAUGGCGCCAUAAUGCUGUUCACAAAGUAAAGUAUGCAGAGUUAAUCCAAUGUCUCAAAUUGAAUGUAAGUUGUCUUUAUAAUCAAAUAGGAUUGGAGGUGAGGAAAAUAUUUAAAUGCAAGAACUCGAAUACCCUUUGCCUAGAUUAAGUUCUUGAAGCGCGAGUAGGACUCGUCCGCCUCCUCGACCUGAAAACACAACUGUCAGGAGGCUCCUGAUACGUAUCUGUCAUAAGCAGAGUUUAUAUGAAGAGAUCAGUGGUGCCAUUGUUUAUGGAAGCAUGUCUCACAUUCUGUGAAUACUCGGCUUCUUUUACAUGUCAGCUGCUGAGCGCAGACAAUGGACUCUUUGUUUGUUGGCCAACAGCUUUUUUUUUCUUCUUCUUCUUCUUCUGCUUCUUCACACAACUUCAAAGCUUGCACCAGAAUGCAUAAGUGCAGUUCAUCUUUAAUCCUCGUACAAUCGCAACAGUGUCACCUUUUAAAAAAAGAACCUCUGGUUGCUAUGCUAAAAGAGUGCGUUACUAUCCAAAGUCUGUCAGUAGGAUCAAGAGUCUAAUCCUAGAGAAGGUUGUAAAAAAAGAAAUCUUGGAUUGGGUUUCUAUUAUGCUAAAAAAAAAAAAAAAGUCCCUUGACAUGCUUGUGUUAAGUGAGAAAAAUAGAGGAGAUGGAGAAAGACUACAGUACAGUAAAUAAAACCAUAAUUGCUCUGUCUGGAGGCCGUGUUCUUCUGACUGUUGUCUGUCCAAAAGCAGGCAGCUGUCAAAAGGCAAUGAAGUGAGAGGAGGAAGAAAAGUCAAAAGACUUUUUUUUUUUUUUUGUUAUAGUCUCUAUUUUUUUUUUUUUUUCGAUGACAGAAAACCCCAAAGAAAACAAAACAGUAUGAUGUUUCAGGUAAAUUGCUGAAAGCAGUGGAACAUCAUUGCAUGUGCCAAUGGUGAUUCAUUUACACACGUUAACAGGCAUGCUGGGAGGAACAUUCAUGCAACAAAACAAUGGAAAAUAACACUCAUUUUGUUUUGGAUACCAAAUACAUUGGAAAAAAGUUAUUUUGGCUGUUGACAUGAUACGUAUUUACAGCUCCAAAACCAAUACCAGGAGUUCUAUAGUCCGUGGCGCACAGAGGUAAUAAAUAAUUUAUUAACGACCGCAUUCUGGCCAAAUUAACUUUGUCCUAUGACCCUUGACACACCAAUAUCCCU